UGAAUCGAGAAAAAGCUUCUAACAUUGGAUUUCUACGCCACCAAGACACCCCCCAGUCCCAGAUAAUUACCAACUAUUUUGUUCAAAAUAUCUCUUCCCCUCGCAUACUCAUGGGGCUAAUCUGUAUUGUGCUUAAGAUCCCAAAAUGCAUGAACAUUGGAUUUCUACUAGGCCUGCUGGAGUACUAUUUGAAGUUCAUGGUCAUGGCGGCACUCGCUCGUCUGGGUCUUCUCGAUUCGCCAGAACAAGCUGACACCGAAGAUCACUCCAGUACUGAUUCCACAAGUUAUGUUCUUGUAAUGGAUGGCUUAUCUCCGUCGCUAAUCCCACUCCACAGUCUAAUGGCCUUGAUCAAGAAGAGGCUUUCUGUGAUGGAAUACGGCAAUCUUCUUGAAAGAUAUGGGGCGCAUGAUAAUCAUGAAGAUGUGGGUAUGGUAUGUUCUGUCUGCUUGGACUGCGUCGAGAGAAGCCACGAAGUCAGGGAGCUGUCUAACUGUUGUCAUGUGUUCCACAGGGAGUGCCUGGAUAGAUGGGUGGAUGAGGGCCAGGUGACCUGCCCUUUGUGCAGAUCACUGCUGUUUCCAGCCAGGGGAGAGAACAGAAGCAGUGGAAGGAAUGCUUAUUUUGUUGGCUAGGAGUAGCUGAUGGGAACUAUUCCCGUUCGGAUUUGGCUUAGGAUCUCUAGUUUUUUCAACGGUGUAAAUUUAAUUCGAUAUCAGUGUUCUGAAACCUUCAGAAAGAAGCAAAUUUACACAGAAAAUCUAAUAGAGAAAACAUCAAUAUCAGUGUUCUGUUA